UGCGGCGCGGCUGGCAGUGGUGGCUGCUAGGAAAGCAAGCGAGCGAACAAGCGAGCAAGGGAGCAAGCAAGCAGGCCGAGACUGCCCUCCUGUCUCCCCCACCCUAAGCAUGCCUCGCAGAGCCCAUGGCCUCCGUACACACGGAGGAGAGUGAGGCAGCCCCAGCCGCUCCUCACGUCAUCCGUUGAGAGAGAGACGACGGGUCUCGACACGGCGAGGAGCAAUAAUUCUAACGAGCCAAGAUGGCGGCGGACACGGUGGCCCUGUCCGCGCUCACGCUCGCCAGGGGCGACAAGAUCCUCGUGACCGUUGAGUCCGCGCUACCGGACAUCAUCGUCGUGUCCUUCGUUCACGGUGCUAAGUGCUUUCAGGGCGCAUUGCUCGACGCCACCAAGAGGGGCCUCCCGUGCGGCGUGCAACCCCCGGAACCGGUACCAGACCCCGAUGGCGACAAAUUGGCGACCAUCGCUGCUCGCUUCAGCUACUUCCAAGAGAGAAAGAGCACGCUGACCACCGCGAAAGUCGAUCUUCGUAGGAACAUCAAUCCACCGGCCAGGUACAAGAAUGCACGGCCAACGGUCAGGCUCAGGCCGCGCCAGGUGCUCUGCAGCAAGUGUAGAUCGAUCUGCAACGUGCAGGAACAGCAACAGCCGCAGCAACAGCAGGUCACGGGCCAUGGAUCCACUCGGAGGAGCGAUCGUCGUUGCGGUCAGCAGCCGCAAAAAGCCUCGAGAAUACUAUUCUCCGAAUGUCAGUCGGAGAACAUCGCGGUGUCAUCUCACGAAACGGCCAAGUCCUCGUCAUCCGCAGCACUGAGCCCCGAUUCAUCGAAGCUUGGUCCGUCUCUCAUCCCGAAAAUCUCGAGACUUCAGCCGAACGAGAUAAACAACGCUAUGCAGGGAAAUGAAAAGGCGAAGAUCGGCCCAUCGUACUGGAACAAUAGAGCAGAGGAAGGUGAUUCAUCAGCGAACGCCAUGGAGCCAACGGAAGAACGCAUGGAAUCAACGGAUUGUGACAGCAAUCCAUCGAUGGCGUACUGUGCCACGCCCAGAAGGCUUAGCAGCUCCUCGGUGGAGAGCGCAAAAAUACCGGAGGAAGAGGAGAAGAAAACGUUCGCGGCCGCGGACUCGACAAUGAGGCCAAGAACGGGUCGUGUGCCGCGAAAGAAACGAUCGGUUGGAUCUAUGGAGGAUUUAUGGGACGAGACCGUGUUCGAGGACCCGACAAGAACAGCUAGGACUACACCGGUGAUCAAGAUCUCUUUCGGUACUCAGGGCGAAGGCACGGUUCUCAAGAUACCCUCUAAGAUCCAGGAUCCGGAGUACGAGCAGGAAACCGAUGACACUGAAGAUGUUCAGACGGAAACGGAGAGGGAUCCCUUGGAAUUGCCAAGGAAUUUUGACAACGAUUACGACUUCCGCGAAGACGGGGAAGAAGAUGGACAGGAGCAGGUAGAUCCUCAGAAACAGGGUGUGAAGGAUGCGAGUGCUAAGGCUGCAAAACGAGCGUUGAAGAAGGCCAAGAAGGAAGCCAGGAGAAAAAUGCUAGGUGGAGUCUCACCAGCGAGAUCCCCUUGCAAUGGAUCCCCACGAUAUAAUCCCUCAUACGACACGUUGUCGUACCACCGACGCAAGCAUAAAGUGAAACAUAAAAAGAAGCACAAGGAGGACCGCAAGCACAAGAGCCAGCAGUCGCAGCAUCAGCAGCCUUGCGUGGAAUCUGGAAGUACUGAGAAUCAACAGAACUGGAACGUCCUUCCAGGUAGCGAAUCUUACACAGCCAUAAAGGAGCAGUGCCUGAAGCAAAAACUAUCCAUAUCUCUGAAGAGAUUGAAUACAAACGCUUAUGCUAGAUGUGAUUAUCCUGUGAGUAACUCUUCGUCGGGUUGCAAGAGUCCUGGUGCCAGCAGUGACGAAUUGAGUGAACCAGAACCCGAGGUUGACGCUGGUGAAACUGCUCCAGACUUUCCGCCACAGUCUCAUCCUCUGAUGAUGCGUCUUGCCGCAACACCUGUCGAACAUUGUCUGACUGCUAAUGGUAGAAGAAUGGACGUCGGUGAUGUGGUGUGGGGAAAGAUUCACGGAUUUCCUUGGUGGCCUGGAAAAGUUCUCAGCAUCACAGUCUCUUGUAAAGAGGAUGGCACAUCGUCUGGGCCACAGGCGCACGUUGCCUGGUACGGUUCUUCGACGAGCUCUCUUAUGUCCUGCGACCAGUUGAGUCCAUUUUUGGAAACAUUUAAGACACGGUACAACAAGAAGAAAAGAGGCCCAUAUAAGGAGGCGAUACGACAGGCACAGAACGAGGCCCGAAGUCAGAUCACGCCUAACUCGACGAGCAGUGUGCUAAACGUGUGUAGUUCACCGCGUGAGGUCAACGUUCUCUCCUAAGGGAAGGUGCACAGCGCUCGACACCAUUCCUUUAACUGCCGGGUAUCCGUCGGUGGAGGUUAAGUCUAACGGCGGAUCGAAAUCGUCAUGUAAUAUAUAAAACAAAUUUUUGUACAUAAUUGACCUUAGCAUUAAUGGAAUAGCUCUUGAUCGAUGUUCUAAUUCAGUUCAGUCGCGCCUGCUGUCGUCGUCCGCGUUAAAUAUGACUAAACCAACGGUGACACGCUGAAUCAAGUUUACUGCCAUCACUGGCGCGUUUCUUUUUAAUCCUUAGCUUUUUUCGAGCGAACAUUUAGCGCGUAAAAAGUAUUUAGAUAGGGUAUAAUCUCUAGAGAUGACACGUCAGCUCUCGAGAAAUAAUUUCGUACUAAAAAUAUGACUUCUCUUUGAUAGUUAGACACAGACACACGUACACGUUAAAAACUCACGGGUGUCGUCACUAAUCAUUUAGCGAUACUCGUUUACUUAAAUUCUUUAUAUAAUGUAUAUAUAUAUAUAUAUACAUAUAUACAUAUACGAGUAUAUAUUUGUAUUAACAAUUUCAUUGUGAUUAUUGUGUCGAGAACAAAUGUAGU